AUGGCAACAGAUGGCGGAGAUUCAUAUUUUACUCAACGUGUUCUACGCUUCACUGACAUUGCACAAGAACCUAUGGAUUUUCUUAUGCCCAUCAGCGGUUACGAGGAAAUGCCUAUUGUUUCACUUGAAGAAGCAGUUGAACCGCUCGUAUCUAUAUUACCAAAAGUGAAAAGUCACGCAUAUGUGGCCAAAAAACGAUGUAAGAAGCCGGCUGAUAAUUUGACACAGGAUGAAUCAGCUUCGAUCAUGCUCUACUCAAUGGAAUGGGCGCCAUUGAACGAAUGCCUUUAUUGCGCUUUGAAUACUACUCUACGGUCAGAAAAUCGAACAAAUCUUAAACCAUGGUUUCUCUUUCUUCGCCUUUUUCUUGCAGCAUUAUCUCGACUUCCACAGAUUCCCCAUCUAACAGUGUUUCGAGGCGUCAAAUUAGAUUUAAGCAAACAAUAUAAAGAAGACGAAACAUUCAUAUGGUGGGGCUUUUCUUCAUGUACAACUUCCAUCAAAGUUCUCCAAUCAGAACAAUUUUUAGGCAUGAAAGGUACAAGAACAAUGUUUACUAUUCAUUGCAAUUCAGCUAGAGAUAUUCGAAAACACUCGUAUUAUCCAUCUGAAGACGAAGUACUAUUGCUUGCUGCUACUGAAUUUCAAGUGAAAGGCAUUCUCAAUCAAGGUCACGGUCUUCAAACUAUUCAGUUGCAAGAAGUUCAGUCCGAUGAACCGAUGCUCAUCCCAGUAUCAUGUACAAAUGACUCUGUUGAUUUAUCUGCCGCAAAACUGGGAGAUUUGAAAGUGAAAGAUGAUGUCACUGAAUCAAAGAUUAUAUCAAAGCAAGUAGCCACAACAACACCACCGUCGACUCCAAAACCGAAAGCCGGUGCAUCAGAUUUAGAUCAUCCAGAAUUUUGUGUACAAGGCGGUGAUUGUACAAAUAUUAGUCAAAAACACUUAGUAGCUUAUCGCCACCUGCCUAAUUGUUCGGAUGGUUCUAAAUGUCCAAAAUAUCGGAGACGAGAUCAGGAACAUUUAAAAUCGUUUCGUCAUUGCAAAUCUGUAUGUCUCUAUGACAAUUGUUGUGCUAAUAUUCAUGAUAAAGCACAUCUUGAUAAUAUAAUACAUUCAUUUCGUCCACCAUGCCCAUUAACACCGUACAACUGUUCAAAGUAUAUUGAAUUUGUUCAAUCGAAAAAUUCAACAGUAUCGUCUGAAAUAGAAGAUCAUUGUCUUGAAUAUUCACAUAUUUGUCCAUACGGUCGUGAUUGCAAAAUUAAAGAAGAAAAUCAUUUGGGAAUAUCAAUUCAUAUUGCUCGUCGACUGUGUCCUGACGGUAAUAAAUGUUCAAAACUUACUCAAGAGGAUCAUUUGGAAUCCUAUACUCAUCAUGAUAUACGAGAUAUUCGUAUCUUAUGUCAAAUACCAGGUUUCAAAUGUUUGGAUAGAUUUAAUGAGGAUCAUUUCAAAAAAUAUCGACAUAACAAAAACCAUGAUCAUUUUAGUGUAGCCCCAUCUAGUAAUCUUAAUGCAUCUAUCAAUUUCGCUCGUAAUCAAAGUCAAUUAAUUAAAAUGGUGAAUAACUACGUAGAAAGAAUGAACUGGGAAAAAACAUCGAUUUCUCCAGAAAUACGUAAUUGGAUACGUGCAUUACAACCUGUACAUCGAUGUCGAAAAGAUAUUUUUGAAUCAAUUCUUAUACUAGGACAUGUUAUGAGUCGUCGUUUUAUGGACUUAUUAAGAAAACCAGAACAUGUGGUCAGAGUUGUCCAACAACAUAGUCGAGUGCGUCUAAUAUUCCUUCAUCAUAAUACGCCAAAUGUCAAAGACAAUGUAUGUAAACUGAUUGAAAUAUUGGUCGAAGCUGAAUUUAUAAAAGCAAACUCAUACGGAAAAACUUUAUCAGAUUCAGACUAUGGCUACAAAAUUCAGCGAAUCGAGCAAAAACUGCAACCACCUCUUAAUCCAAGAGAUAUCCAGGUUAUUCAUGAAUGGUCAGUUAAAAUUGCUCAAGCAUCGAUUAAAUUAAAUGCUAAUCCCACUGGAAUCAGAUACCACGUUGAUAAAAAACUAGGAACAGAUCAACAUGUAUUUGGUGUACUUGGACCGAAUCUUGGUCAUUACUAUGGCGAGAUUGUUAUCACUUUUAAGCAAGAAAUUAUGUUUCAUCCGGAUGCCAACUUUUCUAUCCAAGCUGCAACUAAAUUUCAUAGCAGAGCCACUUAUUCACAUCGUCCAUGGACGAGAGAUCCAGGAAAUGAUGGUAAACGGAUAGAACAUUUUCAUAGCUCAAGACUACAUUGUUCUGUUCAUGGUUAUGAAUAUGCAGCAGCUUCAGAAUUAAUUGCGCUAACAGGUGCAGAUCGCAAAUCAAUGAAUGUCAGUAUUGAAGCUAUUCUUGACCGAUGGAUAAAUGUCGAUUCUCAUGAGUUAUUCGAAGCACAUUUGCCACAACUAAUUCCAUUAGAUUAUAUUGAUCGUGUUUAUAUACCAAAAAAUGUCUUUGAAUCCCUUUCACCUGAAGCUCAGCAAUCAGCUAAAGGAGCUUUUAAAGAUUCACUUAUGAUUAGCAUUUAUGAAAGUGAUGAGAUCAAACAAGGCACCACAUUAAAAGAGAUUCUCGACCUUCCAUAUCAAAAAUAUGUGUUUGAACAACAUUGUGAAGCUAUCAGAGAUCAAAUGAAUAAGCCAAAUAUCUCACGUGGUAUAGUCAUUACAGUCGCUGCUUCCGAAUUUGAAGAACAUGUGGUAUCACCAACUACCAUUUCUCAGGCGUAUCAUUUAUAUUAUCUUGACAAACCUCAAUCACAUGGUGGCCAUAAAUUCACUUAUAUUUAUUGGCAAGCAAUGAAUGGUGAUAUGAUGUUAACAGUGGCCAAUGAAAAACUUAUUCCAGGCGAACAGCAAUUCAAUCUUCAAUGCCUUGUUUGUUAUAUUGCAGAAAAACCAUCAACAGUGACUGAAGAAUACCAUGAAGCAUUUUCUUAUUUGAAUGAUGGUUUACCAUUUCAACAUGGUAAUAAUGUCACUACAAAUCGAUAUAAAGCUAAAUCAAAUACAUUCUAUCGAGGUUGUAAUACUGAUGAUUACUUCACUUUUUGUCUCAAAAUCAGUCAUAUGACAGGUCAAGUAACACUUUCCCAUGCUGGACCAAAUAGUAUUUAUAAUCAUGAAAAGAUUGAAUGUCAAUUCAAUACAUCUGAAUUCGAUCUAUCGAAAUUAGAGUUUAUUCAUCUUAGUGCUGGAUCUCAAGAUGUUCCUGUGCGAAAUCUAACGAUUAAUUUUGAAUUAAUACCUGAGUUACAUCCAACAGUUGAUAUGAAUUUCAAAAAAGAUACAUCGAAUUUACUUGAAAAAUAUCUUGUUGCAGCUUCGUAUGUCGAUCAGAAUGCUUUCAAUAAUAAUGGAACAGGAGGAGGGCGACCAAUGCAAGUUAUUCCGCCAACACAACUGAAUACCCCGAGUACGUUACGCAGAGUAGCAGACAUAUUUUUAUGUCGGUGUACGAAUGCAAUUGAGCCAGCACCAUUGAAUGAUGCCCUUCCAACAUUGAAACCUUGUGAAGAUUCUAUAUAUUGUUUACAACAGCGCUCAUCGAUGCAUACUAUACAAUAUUCUCAUCCUUGUGGUUACUCUGAAUUAUGUGUAAGAAAAGCCAAGGAACCUUAUCUUACACAUGAACGUCAUAAUGCUCUUAGAUGUGCGCAAGAUAAAAAUUGUUUAGAAAAACAUGAUCCUGUUCAUCGUGCAAUUUAUCGGCAUACAAAUCUACCUGAUUAUCUUAUUCCAUGUCAUAAACAGGAUAGUUGCGUAGAUAAAUCAGCAGAACAUCGUAUAGAAUAUUUUCAUGGUGAAACCAUACCCAUAAUUAAACGUAAAUCAUAA